GUAUAUCAUAUAAGAAAAUCAAUUUAGAUCUAAUGUCUGCGUUAAUACGAAUUCCACACAACUCGCGACUGAAAUUCUUACGUCAUCUUACGGUCAAUCCUCGCUUCUCAUUUUUGCAUAUUAGCCGGACGAGAUAAAAAUCAGCGCCAGGAAUGGAUAUUACUCAAUAACGCGAAUUACUAGUUCAUAUUCAUUAACGUCGCUCGCAAACUAUUCGACGGAAGUGUGACGACACGUUCGCUACCUCGGGCAAUUAUUUAGGUCACGCCCGUAUAUCAUGUAACAGUAGACGGCGAGUAGAAACUCCUCUUCUCUACCGUCUUCUCUACUAGCAAUAAGAAGAAUAAUAAAAGUGUGCCUCUUUAUCCUAUGUGCGCAGGGGGAUUACAUAUGGAUCGAACCAAUCUCAGGACGGGAAUUUGACGUCGCGAUCGGAGCGCGAGUCAUCUCGGCAGAAGGAAGACGUAUUCAAGUAAAGGACGACGACAACAAGGAACAAUGGCUAACACCGGAGAGACGAAUAAAAGCUAUGCAUGCUACUUCGGUGCAAGGUGUAGAAGAUAUGAUCAGUUUAGGAGACCUCCACGAAGCGGGCAUUCUACGAAAUCUAUUGAUACGCUACAAUGAGAAUCUCAUUUACACAUACACGGGCUCCAUCCUGGUCGCCGUCAAUCCAUAUCAAAUAUUGCCUAUUUAUACCGCGGAGCAAAUCAAACUUUACAAGGAUCGUAAAAUCGGGGAGCUGCCACCGCACAUAUUCGCUAUCGGCGAUAACAGCUAUGCGCACAUGAAUCGAUAUGGCCAGGAUCAGUGCAUAGUAAUUAGUGGCGAAAGCGGAGCGGGAAAGACAGAAAGCACGAAAUUGAUUUUGCAAUAUCUAGCAGCGAUUAGCGGAAAACACUCAUGGAUCGAACAACAGAUCUUGGAAGCGAAUCCGAUACUCGAAGGUAAAUUAUGA